GUUAAAUAGCGCCCUCUGCUGAUCAAGGACUAAAACAGGGAAAUAGAGUGCUCUGUUUUGAUUGGUCAGUUUCUAAUCGUCAUCAGGUCAAUGUCCAAAUUUAAACACCCAUGCAUUGUGCGGGAACUUGACAAACGUGGGUGAAUAAUCUGCACAAAAUCCCUUCAAAAUGUCGUUUCCGAAGGCCAAGACAAAGCGAUUCAAUGAGAUUGAUUCUUGCGCCCCUCCUGUCGGCUCUUACAAUGUUAAAAAUCUUGACAAAUCUGCUGGACCUUCCAGCUUUGACAAAUCCAGUCGCUUCAAAGAACCCAAAGCUCCUCCGCCCGGAUCUUUAGUGCAAGCUCGCUCCACCAGCUCCAACUCAUUGCCAGAGUCCGGCAGGACCACCCCAUCAAAAACCUUGAAUUCCACUGUGGAUGCCUCCUUCAACAAGUCCAUUGUUAACUUCACACCAUGCAAGCACGACAAGGAAAUACAAGAACUGAAGCAAGAGCUUCGGCAGCAGAAGCAGGAGUGGAGCGACGUGAGCCGGGAGCUGAGCCAGACGCAGGAGAAGCUGACCAAGGCCGAGAGCAAGCUGCAGGCCACGGUCAGGGAGAAGACUGCCCUCGCUGGCCAGCUAGCGGCCAGAGACCGGGAGGUUGCUGACCUCCAGAAGGCUCGGGAUGUCCUGCAAACCAAGGUUAGUGCUUUGGAGGGGAACAACACAAAGAAUGAAAAACUAGUGGAGGAGUUAUCUUCGGUCACCUCCAAACUCAACUCUAAACAACAGGAGUUUGAAACUUUCAAGUCCACCAUGGAACUGAAAGUUCAGACGUUGCAGGCCGAUCUGGAGGAAUCUCAAUCCAAGAUGGCCGCUCUCCAACAGACAAAAGACGCACUAGAGUUGAACAAAAAGGAGCUUCAAGGCCACCGUGAAGACUUGGAGAGCGAGAUCAGCAAGCUGCACUCCUUGACAGAUCAGUUGAGACUAGACAACGUGGACAUGCACAGUCAACUGGAAAAAGAACAAGAGAGAAAUGAGUUUCUACACAAGGAAAUAGAGAGGACUUUGGAUAACAGCAAAAGACGAGCUCAGGAGAGGGAAGAUGAGUUACAGGAACAUCUCAAGCAAUCUUUAAAGAAGCAGGAGGAGUUACAAGCAGCCUUGGAGUCGGCUGAGGAGCGUCUCGCUGCCCUACAGGUGGCUUAUGAAGCUGAGACGAGACAGAGAGCUGAUUUGGAGCCCCAGUUGUCCACAGCAUGGAAUACCAUCGGCAGACUGCAGAACCGGAAAAGGGAGCUACAGGGAGAGCUCAACCAGGUCAGGUCAGAGGUCAAAGUUCAACAGGAUAUUGCCCGGGAGGAGCGACAGAAGAGGGUAGAUGCCGAAGCUAAGGCAGAGGGACUAAAUGAGGAGCUGAAGAGGGAAUUUGGACAGAGUGUUGCGGAGGUAAACCAGCUCCAGGCAGAGCUGUCUGCUGCUCAGAAGCAAGUGGCUGACAUUGAGACAAAGCUCAGACGACUAGAGGAGGAACACCUGGAGAAGUUGGCUGAGGAUAAGGAGUCUGCCCAGGCUGCCAGGGAGGAGAUCGACCAACUUCAAGAAUACCUUGCCACUGCUAGGCAACAAACGACAGAGAUUGAGAACAGAUUCCAAGAGCUACAGGAAAACCACACGAGGAAGAUUGCUGCCCUGGAGGAAUCCAAUCAGGCCUUGGAACAAGAGCUGUCCAAAGUUAAACUGGAGAUUUCAGAUGCUAAGCAACAACUCCAACAACAAGAGGUGGUACAUAUCAAGGAAAUGACUGUGGCAGAAGAAUCCCAUCAAAAGGUCCAGGUGGAAGUCAGUAGACUCCAGAAGGACCUGGCUGUUGCUAAGCAACAGACAGCAGAUGUGGAAAGGCUUCUCCAGCAAGGAGAUGAGGAGCACUCAAAGACACUGGCAGCUUUGGAGGAGUCUACUCAGGCCAUCAAGCAGGAGUUCAGCCGACGACUGGUGGACACCCAGACCCGGCUAUCCAUGAAGAGUGCUGAGGCAGAGAAACUGCGUGGGGAGCUUGAGGACAUAAAUAAACAGCUGGAGGAGGAGACUGAAACGAGAAAGGCCAAGGAAUUGAAAAUCACUUCUUUGGAGAACACCCAUAGAGAAAUGGAAUCUUCCCUGAAAACAAUUGUUGCCAACCUGGAAGAGAAGAAUGCCAAGCUGGAUGCCAAAGCCUCUGACAUGAUGGAAACCAUCACUAACCUGAGGCAAUCGGAGGAGGAUCUGCUAAAGGCUAACCGCAGUGUCAAGCAGGAGACUAGUGAGCUCAGAGCUAGUCUGGGCAUCAAGGAGAGAGAGGCUGAUAUGCUGGAGAAAUCUGCUGCUGAGAGACGGUUGCAGCUGGAGGAAACAACUAAUCAGUUGAAUGCUAGACUCCACAAAUUCGAAAACGAAAUAAGUGAUCUCACAAACUCUGAGGCAGUGCUGAAAUCAGACAAGAAACAUCUGGAAGAAAAGAACUUGAAACUGAAAGAUGAGAUCUCUGAGCUACAAAAUGCUAGAAGCAGCCUGGAGCGGGAGUCUAGUGAGCUCCAAAACAAGCUGGGCAAGUUGGAGGAGCAAGCCGAGAUGUAUGAGAAGUCUUCUUGGGAGAUGAAGUUACUGCUGGAGCAGACAACUAACCAGAUGAAGACCAGAAUUUGUGAGCUACAGGAGGAGAUCAGCUCGUUUGAGGAAUCUGAGGCUUUACUAAAAGCGGAGAACACCCAGCUGAAACAGGAAGCCCUCGCCCUGGGGGAGAACAUGAAGCAAGUCAUUGGGGACCUGGGGAGGUCCAAGAGUGGACUGGAGAAGGAGGCUAAUCUGCUCAGGGAGGAACUGCAAGAGAGGGCAAGAGAGGUGCAGUCUCAUGAGACAACAAAGAUGCGGCUGCAGGAAAAAAAUAGUCAGAUGAAGGCCAAAUUAUGUCAACAGCAGGAUCAAAUAAAUGUCUAUGCAAAAUCGGAACAAGUGCUGAAGGCUGAAAAAGACAGUCUGAGAGAGGUAUCUGUCAACCUCAAAGAGCAGACGUGUAGGGCAGAAGAAAAAGUUGCCAAGAUGCAACAAAUCAUCCACAGCUUACAAGAAGCAGAGAAAGGCCUGUUGAGUGAUCGUUACAGCCUUGAGCAGGAGACUAACAAGCUGCGGGACAAGCUUGAGGAAAUGGAAGGGGAGGUCAUGAUGUACGAGAAGCACGUCGUAGAGACCAAGCAACAGCUAGAGGAGAAGACUAGUGCACUGGAGGACAAUGCCAAGAGCUUGAAGCAGCAGCUGCGUAAGAUGGAGAGGAUUGUCGAGGGCUGCAAAGUAACUGAAACAAGGCUGAAAUCAGAGCUGGAGGAGAAGACUAGGGAGUUAGAUUCAAAGAUUGAAGAGGCUGAAGAAAGCACAAGUUGGCGGACAAAGUUUGAGGAGCUCCAGACAAAAGUGGCACCCUUCCAAGAUCAGCUGGAUCAGUUUGCUGCAGAGCGAUUGCUUUUACUGGGCCAGAAGGACGCAGCACAGAGCGAGAUCAGCAAGCUGAGCCAAAGUUAUGCCAAGCUGCUGGGCCACCAGAAUCAGAAACAGAAGAUCCAGCAUGUGGUGAAAAUCAAGGAUGAGAACCUCAAACUCAAACAGGAGGUGAACAAACUCCGGGAGGAGCUUCUGAAGCAGAAGAACGCCCUCAGGAAGGCCAGAGACACAUCAUCAGAUCGUCGCCGCUUUGAUCCUGCCAAGGCAUUCGCCCAUCAGAGGUCAAAGGAGAAUGCUGCCCCAUUGGCUGAUCACAACGCCACCUGCAUCUGAUGAACGACCCACCAAGGCAUCAACACUGUGAAAUAGAUAAAUCUAACCCAUUGUGAUUCUGCCACCUUACAACAGUUGUAGAACAUUGUGAUAGCAAUCACUGACUACCACUUCACAAAGCAUUUAGCUACAAAAGAAGGCUUUGCCAUUGGCUUCCCAAGUUUUGUGCACAGUAAUAUACUACACUAGAUCUUCAUGAAUCCAUUAAUGUUUACUCUAAACUUAGCAGUGUUUAAUUGUGCCUUGUGUUACACCUAUACAUUCCAUCAAUUCUCUUUAAGCAAAUUGGCAGUUUCCUCCUUUUAUGUAAAUACUCUUGAUUCAAAGUGUACAGGAUAUAUACUUCUUGUCCAUUUUUUUCGAAGGAUGACUUGGAAAGGGUGGCGUGGAUUUAAGUUGAUUUGCACUUAGCAUGUUAUAAAUAUGCUAAGCAAUAAUUUCUAAAUAACACCAUGGUAUUAGUCAGAAGUGACUUUCUAAGGUUCACAUGAACGUGUACAUUGUGUACUGUGAUGUGUUUCACUACUUUGCACAAUAAAGUCAGGUUUGGCAAAGUGGAAUGAUUCUGCUCAUGCAAAUUAACACUGAACAAACCCAUGUCGUAACUGAAUGAUAUGUUUAGAUGUUUGCAGGUGAAAUAUGAUGACAAAACCCCCUUGGAAACAGUGUACCUUUUGUAAAUAUCUUGUUAGAAUGUAACUCCUGCUUCAGUCUUAAUCAGUCUCUGAAAUCAAGCAUUUCUUCUGUUUAAUAACAUACUUCAGAUAUAGAUUAUUGGUUCUUGGCACUGUAAAAUACACUUGGUCUUGAUAUAAAAUAGAAAAAAAAGUCAUCAUGAAAUCAAGAUGAGAAAUUAAAUUUACAUUUAAACAAUU